AUGACUGAGAAACAAGGAAGUCGAUUGGAUCCUCUUUCAGCAAACCAGAGUAACGAUAACACAAGCACAUCAAAAACAAAAGGAAGAAGAGCUCGUUCCAACUCAAGCAGCAACGGUUCUUCGAAUGACAACUGUUUGAAUUCAAGUAAUGACGCUCUUAAUAAACUGACUUCCGCUGAAGAUGAGAGAACACAGGCCAGAAACAAAUACACACAUGUUUUGGUUCUAAAAUCGUUGAACAACACAUUUGAGACUAAAUUCUUAGUAGUUCCAUUCAAGCCCAGUGGACUAAAAUUGGGACGACCUGUCAUUGGAGCUUCAAAUUCUGGAAGUAACGGAGGACUUUCCGGCAAAGCUGAUCCACAGGUGAAAGCUGAUAAUGGAAAUUUUGAUUCUAGAGUGCUUUCAAGAAACCAUGCAUCGUUAUCGUGUGAUGCUAAAACUGGUAAAAUAUGUAUACGUGAUCUGAAAUCAUCUAAUGGUACUUUCGUGAAUGGUAGUAGGAUCGGUCAAACUGAUGUUGAAAUCAAAGUGGGGGAUGUGAUAGAUUUAGGGACGGAUAUAGACACAAAGCUUGAACAUCGUAAAAUAAGUGCAUUAGUGGAGGACAUUUCAGUGAUACCGUUGAUUGGCGAAAACGAUAAACUACUAGUAUCAAAUAAACGAGAUUUCAGGAGUACACCUGCAAACAAUGGGAUUCCAGACCCAAUGGUCACGAUAACAACUGCUCAAAAAGCUGCGUUCGAAGCCGCCAUGUUCGGAGAUGUAAAUAAUCUUGACCUCGAAGAUGCUGUAUUGGGGUCUGAAACGGAAAUAUUGAGUGGAAUAUUUAUAAACAAUUCUAUCGGAACAAGUCCGAAUUUGAUUAAUAUCAUCAAGACCUUAGUGACAGAUCUAACACUUGAAAAGUUGGAAUAUGAAAAGUUGAAAUCGAUUGACAAUUUCAUCGUUAAUUAUAUUACAAAGCUUGAAUAUCUAUCAAAGAUGAAAAUGGAGCAAGCGGACUCACAACUAGUCAAACUUCAGAAAAGCGUUAAACAGAAGCUUGCGAAUCAACAGGCAGAACUAACCACCAUCCAUAAUGAAGAAAUACAGGCAUUAAAACAAGAAAAUAAGAAGCUUAAUGACUCCCUAAAGGAAAAUAAUGACUUGAAAAAUACUAAGAUCAAACAGCUAAAAAGUGAAGUUGAUGAAUUACAGACACGUCUUGAGGUCGAAAUAUUUAAAAAUACCCAAUUACAACAAGCAAAGUCAAAACCGGUAAAGACGAAAGACGAUGGUACUGCACAAUUACCAGCUGUAUCAACAGGUAGUAAAUUACCCAGUACUACAACCAACUUGCUUUUAUUAAGUUCUAUCUCGGCAGGGGCUUUGGCUGCUGUGUUUAAAUAUGCAACAAAGUAA